AUGAUCCCGAUCGCAAGACAUUCGGCCCUUCGCGCCGUCCGCUCCCAACUCGUUCCGCGGGCUUUCAACCAGUCUGCGCUCGCCCGCCUUCUCUCCACCUUGGCCGUCCUUGAACAGCGUGAUGGCAAGCUCCAGGCCUCAUCUCUCUCCGCAAUUGCAGCUGCACAGAAGCUAGGAGGACCCGUCACUGCAUUUGUGGCAGGAAACGGCGUUAAGGGAACCUCGGCUGCGGAGGCAGCUAAGAUUAAGGGCCUGGAUAAGGUAGUGGCCGUGGACAGCGAGGCUUAUGAGAAGGGUCUCGCCGAGAACUACGCUCCUCUUCUCGUUGAGAACAUUAAAAAAGGCGAAUACACCCAUAUCGUUGGCGGCCACUCCGCUUUCGGAAAGAGCCUUCUGCCUCGCGUGGCAGCUUUGCUGGAUGUUCAGCAGGUGUCUGAUAUCACCGGAAUUGAGAGCGAGGACACUUUCGUCCGCCCUAUCUACGCUGGAAACGCCAUUCUCACUGUGCAGUCGAGCGACCCCAUCAAGGUCCUCACCGUUAGAGGCACUGCUUUCCAGGGUGUUGAGACUGAGGGUGGCUCCGCAGAGAUCGUUGAGGGGGUUGACCCCAAGGCACCCGCCCAGACCGAGUGGGUUUCUGAGGAACUUGCCAAGUCUGAGCGCCCCGACCUGGGUACCGCAUCCCGUGUUGUGUCCGGUGGCCGUGGCUUGAAGUCGAAGGAGGAAUUCGACCGGGUGAUUGUGCCUUUGGCCGAUACGCUCGGAGCUGCUAUUGGCGCUUCCCGUGCCGCUGUUGACAGUGGCUUCGCUGAUAACAGUCUGCAGGUUGGCCAGACGGGCAAGAACGUUGCGCCUCAACUGUAUCUCUGCGCUGGUAUCUCCGGUGCUAUCCAGCAUCUUGCUGGUAUGAAGGACAGCAAAGUUAUCGCUGCUAUCAACAAGGACCCUGAUGCGCCUAUCUUUCAGGUUGCGGAUGUCGGCCUUGUCGGCGAUCUUUUCGAGAAAGUGCCUGAGUUGACCGAAAAGUUGAAGAGCCAGGCUUAG